ACUCGGGGAGGUUUGACGGGAGUUGUCCGGGAGCAUUGAGCGCACACGUCGCUCUCUCCACUACAUCGCACCACUGCGGUAGGAGCGGAGGAGGGGGACCCGGCAGGCACACUUCACUUGCUCCUGCACGAAGAAGGAGAAGAAAGGAAAAAAAAAAAAAAAAACAGAAUCCAGGUGGUGUGUGCGUCUCACUGCUGACUUUAUCACACAGGAGGACUUUACCUGAGAGGACGUAUAACAAAAGCUCCCGGAGGACAAAUCCCACAGCUCAGCGAGAGCGAACGGAGGAGGAGAACUUUUGGCUUAUUGCUCCGUGAUAUAUUUUUUUUUUUCAAAACCACAUCUCCACAUAACCUUGGAAGUCAGACCUGUUUAUUGCGAGAGAGGAUGGGACCGCUACUCCUUUCCAUCGCCCUGUGUUUGAGCGUCGCUGUCCCGCAGCAUGUGAAAGCAGCAGAUGGUGAGGAACCAACUUCAGCAGGUCCUUGCCAUCCAAACCCUUGUCACAACAGAGGAACCUGCGAGAUCAGUGAGACCUACAGGGGCGACACCUUCAUCGGUUAUGUCUGCAAGUGUCCACCAGGCUUCAGUGGAGUUCACUGCCAGCACAAUAUUAACGAAUGCGAAAGGGACCCAUGCAAGAAUGGGGGAAUUUGCACAGAUCUUGUUGCCAACUAUUCCUGUGAAUGCCCCGGGGAGUACAUGGGGAGGAACUGUCAAUACAAAUGCUCUGGACCACUGGGCAUGGAGGGCGGCAUAAUCUCCAACCAGCAGAUAACAGCCUCUUCCACCCACCGUGCUCUGUUCGGCUUGCAGAAGUGGUACCCGUACUUUGCACGCCUCAACAAGAAGGGCCUGGUCAAUGCCUGGACUGCUGCCGAAAAUGACAGAUGGCCGUGGAUCCAGAUAAACCUGCAGAGGAGAAUGAGAGUCACAGGACUAAUUACCCAGGGUGCAAAGCGUAUCGGCAGCCCAGAGUACGUCAAGUCUUACAAAGUAGCCUACAGUGAUGACGGGAAGACCUGGAGAACGUACAAAGUCAAGGGCAAAGAUGAGGAUAUGAUUUUCAGAGGAAAUGUCGAUAACAACGCUCCAUCAGCCAACUCCUUCACCCCACCCAUUGAAGCCCAGUAUGUGCGCAUUUACCCCCAAGUCUGCAGGAGGCACUGUACCUUACGCAUGGAGCUGCUUGGUUGUGAGCUAACAGGCUGCUCUGAACCACUGGGAAUGAAGUCAGGCCAUAUCCAGGACUACCAGGUCACGGCCUCCAGCAUCUUCAGGACUCUCAACAUGGAUAUGUUCACUUGGGAGCCUGGAAAGGCCCGGUUGGACAAACAGGGAAAGGUCAAUGCUUGGACAGCUGGACACAGUGACCAGUCUCAGUGGCUACAGGUGGACUUGCUUGUUCCUACCAAGGUCACAGGUGUCAUCACCCAGGGCGCUAAAGACUUUGGCCAUGUCCAGUUUGUCGGCUCAUACAAAGUGGCGUACAGUAAUGAUGGAGAGCGGUGGAAUGUAUAUCAAGAUGAGAAACAGGGGAAGGACAAGGUAUUUCAAGGGAACUUUGACAAUGACACACACAGAAAGAAUGUGAUAGAUCCACCCAUCUACGCUCGGCUCAUCCGGAUCCUUCCCUGGUCAUGGUACGGCAGAAUCACUUUGCGCGUAGAGAUACUCGGAUGCACAGAGGAAGAAUGAAGUCUUUUCCUCCAUCUUUCUUGCCAUUGUCCCCCCGUCCCUUGGCAUACUGGAGUAUCUCACCCAGUAUUUCAAAAGUAAACUGUGCAACCUGUAAAAAGAAAUCAAUUUCCAAUGGAUUUUUCAAGAAUACGUGUUUGGUUGUGGUGGGUUGCUGUUUGUUUUUUUUGUACAAUGAUUUAAAACCUGCCCCUGAUCCACUUUUGUCUUUCAGUUUCCUCUUUUAUGCGUGAUCUUUGUCUUUUUAUUCUUCUCAAGAUUUACCAUCCUGUUUGGAAUGAACUUCUGUAAUAUAUAUGGGAGGGUUGGGGUUGUGGGUGGAGUUGGAAAGGGGGGUCUCGCUGUGGUUUUAACUUGUUGCCAUGGAAGCUAUUGUACAGUGUCACUUUUUAACAAAGAUGUGAAAUCUGUCUGCCGUGCUUCAUUGGACAUGAUUAACCAACUCCAUAACAUAACUUAAUUGUCUAAAAUGCCAUGUAGAGGUCACACGUUAUCACAUUAUCAAAUAUAUUUUUACUUUGAUUACUACACGUCCUCAAGCCAUGCUUUUACCCUAAUGGACACUGACAUUACUACAUCAAUCAAAACACUAUUAAUGCUCUUGUAUUAUAUGUAAAAGACUAAGAAAUUGCAUGGUGCGUGAAUUAUAAAUGUAUAUUAUGACAAAUCAUUUAAAACCUCCAGCCCUGAAAGCAACGGCUUUGAUUUAGGGACCUAUUUUUAUGUGCAUUUUUAAAUAGUUCUGAAACAUUACAACACACUGCAAAAGCUUACUGAAGAUGACUGAUAUGUGAGACAACUGCAGUCAAACGUGGUGCUGCAGCACUGACACUGAGGCUCAUAGGCUGUCUCUAGUUGAAAUGUCUUAAUGCUCUCAUAAGGAUUUUUUUUAUUAUUAUUUGUAUCUGAUUAUCGCUACAAGUUUUUCUAAGACAUUUGGAAUUAUUGUUUGUGUGUUUUUUUUUGUAUUUAUUUACGUUUAUUUGUCUCAGCUGUCAGAUGCGUCUUUGUGUUGUCUUGGCGAUCUAAGUUGAAUUCAAUUAAAAAGCUCAGGAUAGAUGUCAUUCAAUAACCUGCAAAUGUAGGAUUUUUGGCCACCUAUUUAAAGAGUUCUCUGUGUGUUAUAACUUUUUAAAAAAUGGCAAAUGAAUGAGAGCAAUUAUUUAAAUCAUGUCCAUAGAUGCAUAAUUCAAAUAUUGAAAGCAGUCUUUUAUUUUCAUUAAUCCCUUUGAUAUGAUAAAUAAUUAUAAAUUUAUUUCUUUAAUUUUAAAAGAGCUCAAAUGUCCAAGAUGAAUAAUAUAUUAAUAUAUGUCAUUUUCUCUCUAACCUACAAUGAUGACCCGUGGCAUCAGUACACAGCUCUAAAUUAAAUACAGACAGUGUUUCAUUUCAGGGGUUCUGAUCUUUAUUAUAAUACUGGAUGGGAGAUGAUACUAAUAAAAUGUUAAAGAACAUGAGUGUUUUCACAUGACAUGACUGCAGCUGUCUGCAUGUUCAAAUGGAUGCUAAAAAAUAUUGAGACACAUUAAGGUAACCGGGGAUAAAGAUGCUGCUAGGCCAAUCACGUCAAAACAUUCUGUUUAUGCAAUUUUCACUGUAUGUUUCACUGGGUUCUGCUGUUGGCUGCGUCCUGCAGUAAACGAACACUGAUGCUUGGCUGGUUAAAUAAAUGGAAGCAAACAAGUACCUGAGGUAUCACAGCAGUGUUGAACCUUACAGCCCAUUCUACACGGCUUAAAAAUAGGUCUGGAAUACUCCAGUAGUUUCCACUCUUGACUAGUUUUUUUUAAAGCUCUCAAGUGCCACAAUAAGAGCCAUGUCUACUUUUAUGCUUCAUGUUUCACUUAAGACUUGUCAGCUUUCAGUCUCGUAACGACCCAAUUAUUUCAUAUAGUAGGAACCGUGUAUUUGUUCUGAGAUUGCAGCCCAUGCUUAAAGAGAAAGUGAGACAUUUACAGGAAUACCUUAUUUAAUUUAAUGCGUCAGCCUUUCCGCAUAAUGUUGGUUCGCCAACAAGAUGUCAUUUUCGUCACUUUAUAUUUAACGAAUAAAAAAUAAAAAAUGCAUCGGAAUCAAACAUUUUAGGACUUAAAACUGAUGAAAAGCACAGCAAGAAAAAACACAAAGAAAUGUGUGACCGUCAAAAAAUGUUUUGGAGCUUACUUUGUAUUGUUGUGUGCCGGGGCAUUCUCAGCCGUCAUGCCAUCAACAUGUACGUUGUUGUAGUUGACAAGUAACUGUACGAAGUCUGAAAAUGAAACAAAGACAUUUUCGAUUAUUAUCUGGAUAAUUGGAACUGAAUAUAUCCAGUUGUAGUCUGGUUUGGCAAAUUGCAAUAUGAUAUACAGUAUAUGAUACUAUUAUAAAGGCUCUGGUGUGUUUGAAGAUAGGGAUAUCUCCUGUUAUGUUGCCAAACUCGAUCUGUACUUCAAUGUAAGUUACACUGAAAGACUUUCCUGUACCAAUAUGUGAAAAUUGUUAUUGGUGUGAAUCAGUGACUGUCAUUCCUUAGGUUCAUGGACACAGGAUGAACAUUAACAUGUUGUUUCUCACUGAUUAUUUGUCUUGAAACAUUUUCCAUUUUGAUUCUUCACUCUUAAUAUCUUGGCCAGCAUCUGCUCUGAUUGGUCUUUGUAGUCCGCUUCCUGUCAGCAGGCCUGCUACAAAGCUUUGAGGAAGUUUGCAUGAUGUAUGAGUUUGAACAGUACAGUAUAACAAAGAUGUCCACAGGCACAUUAUGUUCGUGCAUAUCAUAAAGAUCUAAUAGCCUUUACUUUGUACUCACCAUCGAUUGUCUUGUGCAUUGUAAAACUUCAUCUCAUGAGUUCAAAAGAGCAGCCAAGUGGAAGCUCAUUCUGUCUUUGUAUUUUAUGUGUCCGCUGUUCACGUAUUUUUUUUUUCUUACCUCCUCGGUCUGAGUGUCAAUCAUUAUCUAGAAAACGUACCUGUUAAAAUGCUGGUUAGGUUCAAGCCUGCAGAGGAGAGUAAGAAACUGUGUACAGUCAACAAAAAAAAAAAAAAAUGUGUUGCUUCAAACAAAAGCUCUUUCAGUUUGACAAAUAAAAACAUAUCUGUGAAAAUAA